UGGGUGAGUCAUGACAUCACGUGUAUCGGCUACGUCAUCGAGGGUCGUGACGCAGAUCUGUGGCGAGCGGUAGCAGAACACGUGCGUUGCAGGCCACACAUUUGUUUAGUCUUUCUUGUUAAAGCCAUGUUGUGUUUUUCUGAGCUAAAAGACAGGUAUUCUCACUGCAGUCGGCAGGGAGAGACCGAGCCGAAACAAACGUAACAGAUCCAUCGAAGCACACCGAAAAACUACCAAACUUUUCUUUUCACCGUACUUAGUCACCCUCACAGGUACUACACUGGUUGUGGAUUAUAAUAACCGGCACGCCCAUCAUUAUCGGCACACCUUGCAAGAACACGGAAGCAGAUCAUCGUAGGUAGUGAUGCAAGCGCUAAUAGAUGCAUCGAUACGUUAUCAAUGAAAGCGUUUUUCCCCGCGUCUCGGCGACCAGACGAAAGAGCAUGCAUACAACGCAAUUGAGACGAGUCCGGGAGACGCCGCCGCGUACCCGAGAGAUCCAGUAGCGUACAGCUGGGCGGAAUUAUAUAUUUUCGUCCUGCAAAUUUCUUCCGUAGGCGCUUGUACGACUUUCUGCAGUGCCGCUUGGAAGGGGUGAAGGUACGCCAAUUUUGCUGAGGCUCUGAGAGGCGCCGUGCACUGCCAGUCGUGUUUCUUCGGGGCUUUUAGAGCUUCCAGAGCAUGCAGCGAGAGGCUCUGUUCACGCUCGUUGCGAUAUUUUCCACCCAAUGGGGUUGAUGAGCAAUCCUGUUAUCUGUGGAUAACGGCAACUCUGGUUACUUUGCCCGCGACUACUGGGCCGUCGCUCGUGCAUGUUUGGUUCCACAGCCAUUUUUCAUUUCCCAUCGCAAUGUAUCCCCUGACUGUUUACUCGAUUCUUGCUGUGGUUGGCCUCAGCCUUGUCUGCCGAGGGAUUGCGACAGAGCAAGUGGUCGCAGCUGCCGCCAAAUCAAACUCCGAAGAAACCGUUUCCACAGGAAUCGGCGAAUCUGCAGAAGCAAGCCCCGUUAAUCGCCCCAGGCCGAAACCGCCUUCAGGUGAUGCGAAACGUGCUAAUUCCGUGGCAGUCGCGAAUACCAUCAUCCCCCGAUACGGGGAAGCCUCCGUCGAUGACACACAGCGACGGGGUCUCGCGCGGGUAACACCGAGACCUCGACUCCGCAAGUCUCAGAGACGGUCCAGCUCACUGUCCAGACGACAGCGACUGUUAUAUAAAGUUGGCGCGGUUAUAAUUGCAGUUGUAGGGGCGGCAAUAGCCUUCAAAACCUGGUAUUCGAAGCGUCAAUAUGAGCUUCGUGAACGAGCGUUCUGUUACACGCGUGGUCGCGCUGAUGUAGCACAAGCAUUAGUUGAUGGACUUCUGACGGAGAGGCACAAGGUGAAUAUUCUCAUCAAUCGUGCCCGGCAAGAAGAGUCUGAGGCCAAGGGUACUGCUGAACACCGGGAACUUGUGAAAGUACGGGAAGCUUUGGAAGAUUUUGACGUGCUACUGGAAAAACAGCGGCAAAAUGCAGAAGCACAGUGGAGCGAGUUAUCUGCCGCAGCAGCUGAAAUUGGCAACAAAAUUGACGUUAGAACCCUUGUCAGAACUGACCCGGACAAAGCCCAGGCGUCAGAGGAAGGACGCUUAUAUCAAGCAAAACAUUUCUGGCAGCAGCUCCAGCCGGAGGAGGAGGCACUCCGAGGCCAGCUAUUACCAGACGUAGUCAGGUUGGAGGGUGAAGUCAGGGAAGCUCGCGACAGAGACCUUCCUUCAUUGAGCAUGCUUUAUCAACAGUUGGAGCAAGCGAACCGUCGGAGGGUAGUAAGCACUGUGGACGACCAGCUGGAAAGACUCAAUCGACAACUGCCGCACAUGGUGGGUAUGGAUCCAGACUACGCCGAGGAGCACAUCCUGUACACGCAGCUUCCUCUCAGAGGCCCCGCCUACGUUCGGAUGUCAGAGGACGUACUGCGACAAGUACAGGCGGAACCGAAACAGACUUGAGCCGGAUUAACCUUAGCAGGCCCGCUUGACCUGCUAGCUGCCACAGAAAACCAAUAAUGCAAUGAGCAUUACGCGUCUGCUGUACUGACAUGUCGAUCAAAGGCGACUGCGCUCUCGACGGUGGAGGACAGUGUCUGAAGCGAGAUUUGACGAGUUAAUUACCAAAUACAGGCAGACCUGUGCGCUUGUCGGUGGCAAGUUGAUGUUGAUGGAGUCUAGCCGGACGUGUCGAAUGAUUUGGAGCGGGCACACGUCGAACUGCUCGAGUUAUUCGGGGUUUGCUGCUGAGUUUCGGAGGCACUGUGACGCCCAGAAUAUCCAUCUGGAACCCGCGAUAUGGGGUCGUCUCAUUGAAGUGCGUUUCUGUGUAAAACAUGGCGCCCCAUUGGCUGCCACCUGAGCGCUGAAAAUGACUGCUGGAAUACGAAAACGACCAAAUAUUUAUCAACAUGUUUGGAGCGGUGAAAGGAAAAGUGAUAAACACUGCGCUCGAGGAAGUUUUCUGCAUGAAUCGUUACCUGUCAGCCGAAGCCGUGGGACAUACGAUGUGUGACAAUAUCCCGGUGACACAAUCAUUGCCGUUUUUGGCAGAGCGAUUGUGCCAUCAAUUUUGCUGGCGAUUUGCGGAUUUGUGAUCUGUGUCACACUAAUUGAAGAGAGAGCAUUCCGAAACACAGGUGAAGGCGGUUUCCUUUUAGUUAGGGUCACGGGGUGGCUGGCAUGGUCCUCAUGUUCGGAUAUUUGCGUUUGAGGACAGUGCUGGUACACGUUUAUUUUUGGGACAAGGGGGAAAAGAAGGUGUUUACCACAUUAUCCGAAGAGCGGUCCGAGGAGAAAAGGAACAGCGCCCUCAUCGUCUGACGUAGAGUUUGGGCUGUGUGUAAUGGCGACUGUGUUCAAUCAGAAAAGUUGACGCAGAGGGCUUACUAUGAGAGGUGGAGCGACGCAGCGAGCCAUAGUUUUGUAUCGUUGGAUGCUUUGUGCAUAGUUGUAUUUUUAUGUAUCCGUAAACCUGCUCAUCUGUGAGUGUACCAAUGAAACACAAGCGUUCCUCUUCUAGGCUUUAGGGAGAUAUGAAUGUGAUGUUCGACUGUGUCUCGUCAUGUCUUACGCUAUCGAUAUACAGUGGCAGCACUAUCUGGGACUCUUGGGUUGCGGUGCUCUCGUUGAGGUGCUAUCCGUUUUCUGUCAAGAUACGUCUGGACUUCAGUUGGCAGUCAAGCGGGUCGCCGCUGAGUGUUUUGUUUUUACGAGGUGAUGUGACCUCUAUUGGCGCUGCUUCUUGAUGUUCUAUGUGUGCCAUUUAUCCGGAUAUUCACUCCCACAGUCGCUGUCACAGUUGCCAGAAGCCAGCCAAGGACUGGCGGAGUAUCGCACACAUUUUGCCACCGGCUACAUGUAUUUUGGGGAAGUUGUGUACGUACCGGCUCCGUUGUGUUUCGUAGUACAAACAGCGCACAACUCCCCAGCGUGCUGCCGGGGACAUCAAGGUCCGCAACUCAUUUCAAGAGCUUUUUUUCUAGGAGACACAGAAUCUACGGACCACGGGAACGAUGUAGGUGGAAGAGGUAGCGCGUGUGGCUUAUUCUUCACGUAUCUAGGUU